UUUAUCAAAACAUGGCAAGCCAGCAGGCCGCUCCUACCAUUCUUGCAUACAGAGACAGUACUGGCAUCAGUGUGCUUUCUGGAUCUCCUUCCUAUGCACCCAUUGCUACACCUGCCAACCUUGGAGCCAGUCCUCGCUCGUUUCUCUACAGCCCGCUAGGAAAAUACUUGGUGCUGGUUUUUGCUGAUCGUUUGGUUCUUUCCAAAGUCACUAUAGAAGCUGUCACUGUUGUUCAUGAAUUGCCCAUUACCAAUGCUCUUGAAAUUGAAUUCUCUCCCAAGGAAACCUAUAUCUCGACAUUUAUUCGCUACAAUCCAUCUGCCAACUCUGCUACCCCAGCGCAUCGUAAUGUAUCUGUUUGGAAUGUCGAAACCGGAAAAGAGGUUUUUGCUUAUACCCAAAAAAAUGCAUCGGAUUGGAAUGUCAAGUGGACAGAAGACGAAUCAUAUUGUGGCAUAUUAGUUGGGAACGAGGUUCAGUUUUACGAAUCAAAAUCUUUUUCGAAUGGAAUUGCAAGUCGUUUAAAGCUGGAUUGCAUCAAAUUGUUUUCCAUGUCCCCUGGACGGCGUCCUACUGUUGCUAUUUUUUAUCCAGAAAAAAAUGGAAGUCCCGGAUCUGUUAAGCUGUACGAUAUAACCAAUCUUCAAACUCCACUUUCUUCAAAAUCUUUUUUUAGAGCCGAUUCUGUCAACUUUUACUGGAACUCUCUUGGAACCAAUGUUUUGGUAUUCACUCAUACUGAUGUGGAUGUUACUGGUAAAUCGUACUAUGGCGAAACCAGUCUGUACUAUCUUUCCAUUACUGGAAACUUUGACUGCAAAGUGACUCUAGAUAAACCUGGUCCUGUUCAUGAUGUUUGCUGGGCUCCUAACGCCAAGGAGUUUGUCGUUGUAUACGGAACCAUGCCUGCUAAAGCAACACUUUUUGACCAUCGCGCAAAUCCAAUGUACGAGUUUGGAAAUGCUGCCCGCAACCAAGUUAAAUUCAAUUCUCAUGGUCGUUUUCUUUUUAUCGGCGGUUUUGGCAACUUGGCUGGUGAUAUGGAUAUUUGGGAUCGUAGAUCUUUCAAAAAAAUGUGUACUAUCAAGGCUAGUAAUUCGUCGAGCUGUGAUUGGGCUCCAGAUGGAAAACACAUCAUGACUUCGACACUUUAUAAGCGCUUAAAGGUUGAUAACGGUAUCAAGAUCUGGCAUUAUACUGGUGCGCUUGUACACCAAGUUCAAGUCAAGGAGAUGCACCAAACUUCGUGGAUGCCUGCUUCUCGCGAUCUGUGGCCAGACAGAGCUUCGUUGUCUCCUCCUCCUCCUAGUAUUGCAUCAUGUGCUCCAGCUGUUUCUGAAGGAAAAUAUCGCCCUCCUGGAGCACGCAACACCGCGUCGUCUACCAACUUUUAUGAUCGUGAUGCUAUUGAUAGGGGUGUCGUAAGUACUCGAGGAAAACGUGUUCCUGGAGCUUAUAUUCCUGGAGCGACCCCAGAGCACGAAAGAAAAAAUAAGACGGUCCAAAACGGAACCACUGAUUCGCCUGCUCCGAUUACUAGCGGGGUAAUUCCAGGUAGCAAUGUAGAGGCCGAAAAGAGGAUCAAACUAAUUAGUAAAAAACUGAAGCAGAUUGAAGAUUUGAAGCAAAAGAAAGACACUGGUGUGACACUUGAAUUAACUCAGAUUCAAAAGAUUGAAUCUGAGGAAUCUUUACGGGCUGAAAUGGAAAAAUUGACGCUUUCAAUCGCCUAAAGAAUCUGCUAUAAGCCAAUCAGUUUACAGUUUGUAAACAAAUUUUUUGAGAUGGCUUGUUUGAUGCAGAUUUUGGUGUAGUGGAUUAUUGAUUACACGAGACUGGAAUACGUUUUUAAAUGAAUUUCAUACACUGGUUGGCUUGUUUUGACACU